AACGAUAACAACAACAACAACAACAAGCAACAACAGCAAAUGCAACAAAAGUAGCAGCAAAACAAAAACAAAAACAAAACAACUAACAACAACAAAACAGACUCAGACUUAAACUGAAAGCAAAACUAUUGCAUUGAAUAUUUGAAUAUACCGUUAGUUCGAGUCUAUUCAAAACUGAGCUCAGCGAGAGAGAGAGAGAGAGAGAGAGACAGAGAGAGAGAGAGAGAGAGACAGAGACAGAGUGUGUGAGCCGGUGUUCUUCUUCUCCUACUCUUUAUCUUCGUCAUCGUCUUCAUCAUCAUCAUCGUCGUCGCCACCUCAGUAACUGAGCGUCUUUAAACGGAAGCAGAGCCAAGGAAAAAGAAAUAAUAAAAUAAGUGGAAGAAAAUUCGCGCAAGGUUUUACGCAAAAAAAAAGAUCUCCAUCAAAUUUUCACGGUUACUUUGUGUUUCAAUUUUUUCAAAGUGAACAACUAAUUAAAAAAAAGAGCGAAGAAGUAAAAAAGUGAAGCAUAAAGCGUAAAGCGUAAAAGAAAAGCAAUUUCAAGUGUGAAAAUCGAAAAUAAAAAAUCGCGUGAUUUUUGUCAACACAUUGUUUUGUUUUUUAUUUGUUAUUUUUUUGGCGACUAAAAAGUGUUUGUACGAUCUAAAAAAGAUCUAUAUAUAAGCGAAAAAUCAACGGGUUGUUUCUCUUCAAUGCUCAAGGUUUUGAGUGGCGAAAUCAAAGGCGAUUUGCUAGCGAUUUGAUAGCGAAAGAGAGAGCGAAAGAGAGAGAGAGAGACGAUAAACCAAAAGGUUUUUUUACAGAAUUUAUUGGGCGUUACGAAUUUGGGGUUAACGCACUAAGAAACAAAGGUUCGGGAAUAAGUAAGAAAAAGAAAAACUCCAAAAAAAUAAAUAUUAUAAUAAUAAACGUUAGACAAGUGUUUUUUCUAUUAUAUACAUAUAUACAUAUAUAAUAUAAUACGAGUACGAGACGAGUGAAGAAUAUAUAUGCAAAUAUAUAUAUUUACAUUUCACAAACAAAGACUUGAACUUCUUAAAGAAAUUAAUAUUUAUACAAAAGAGAUUUAACAAAUGAAAUAAGAACAAAAGCGAACCAGAAACGGACUUCCAACGAUUUCAAAGUACGACGAAAUAUUUUUUUUAGAAUCAACAACUAAAAUACUAAACCCGAAAUUCCGGUUAACAUUAACAACAACAACAACACCAAGCAACAACAACAACAAUAGGAACAACAACAAAUUUGCCAAAGGAAAAAAUUGCAUCAAGAAGAAUUUACAUAAAGCAAAGAGAAAGUGAGAUCAACGACAGUUUGAAAGAGCGAGACAGCGAAUGAGCAACCGAAAGAGUUCCACAUAAAAAGCAAGAGCGAGAGAGAGAGAGUGAGAGCAAGAGCAAGACAGAGCGAUCAGCUGCUAAGUGAUAUUUUAUAACACAAAAUAUCAGUUAAGGACAAUUUAUAAGGUAAGAAAAUAAAAACGAGCGAGCAAUCGAAUAGCUAUCAUUUAUCAGACAACCGACAAGAACACAAAGAAGAAGAAGAAGAAGAAGAAGAAGAAGAAGAAGAAGAAGAAGAAGAAGACGUAGAGGAAGAAGAAGAAAAAAACUCAAGAGGAGAAUUUAAUACUAUGUAUGAGAAAGAUUUUUAAACUGCAAACCGAGCAAAAUAAAACCAAACACCACCAAGCAAAAACCAACAACUAUUAACAUAAAAAAAGGAGUAUAUAUACACACACACAUAUAUAUAUAUAUAUAUAGUAUAUAUAUAACGAAUAAUCAUAUUUAAACGUAUAUAUAUACACACUUAAGAGGAAGAAGAAGAACUGUAAGAACUAUAACAAAAUACAUAUACUAUAUUAUUAUAUGUAUACAUAUUUGCAUAAACAAAACUAAGUUCCAAGGAUUAUUUCAUGACAAAACCAAAAAACAAAAAAAAAACCAGCGCAAAUUAGUAAAAAUCAUAUAACAACAACAACAACAACAAAUUAUUGCUAUCUUUUUGCAUUUUUGCAAUUUUAUAUAUAAACAAAAAAAUAAAAAUAAAUAAGAAAUCAAGAGAGAGAGAGAGAGAGAGAGAGAAUACUCAAAAAGCGAAGCGAACUCAACGCUAAAACAGUUGAACAAAAAACAAAAAAACAUAAACAAAAAAUUAGCAAAAUUUACUCUUUUAUCUAAAAACUAAACUAAAAUAAAGAAAACAUAAGAAAUUACUUCAAAUUUAAAUACAAUUUUAAACUCUAAGCGAAGCCAAAGAACGGUUAAAGGAAAAACAAAAACAAAAACAAAAGCAUAAGAUUAAAUAAAAAAUACUAUUUUUUUUUUGCGAUCGUAGUUGAUCUAAAAACCCAAAAAGGCAAAAAUCAAUAAAAGAAAUAAAUCAAUAAUAAUAAUAAUAAACGAAGAAGAGGAAAACACUUGUGGCAAACAAUUUCACGGGACGUGUGCAAAGCGCAGUCGAAUAAAAAAAAAAACACACACACACACUUGAAAAAAAAGAAAACAAAAAUAUAUUGUAAGCGUAACCAAACAAGCAGUGAGAUUAAAUACUAAGCACAAGCCACAACCAAAGGACAACAACAACAACAACCAAAGAAAAAAAAAAAAGCAACUGCAAAAGUUGAACGUUCAUUUAACUGCAAAGUGUCUCGAGUGUCUGUGUGUCUGUAACUGUUAACAGUUACAGUUACAACAGCGUUAACAACAGCAUCAAGAUUAGCACGAAAAGCAGCAACAGCAACAGCAACGGCAACGGAGCCAAUAGCAACGGCAACGGGAACGGGAACGGGAACAGUAACUGCAGCAAAAGCAACAGUAACGAGAGCCUGAACAACAUGACCAACGCCAUGGACAUUGUGAAGAACGGAGGCAGCGCCAACGGAUCCGUUGAUGGCAGCAAUGAUGAGUCGCGUACCAAUUUGAUAGUCAACUAUCUGCCACAAACCAUGACGCAAGAGGAGAUGCGAUCGCUCUUCUCAAGCAUUGGUGAGUUGGAGAGUUGCAAACUGGUGCGUGAUAAAGUCUCAGGUAAUUUGGUCUUGCCAGCAUCAUUGACCGCACUCAAUCCGGCUUUGCAGCAAGGUCAGAGUCUGGGCUAUGGAUUUGUUAACUAUGUGCGCGCCGAGGACGCUGAGAAGGCUGUGAACACCCUGAACGGUUUGCGUUUGCAGAAUAAGGUUAUUAAAGUAUCAUACGCCCGUCCAAGUUCAGAAUCUAUAAAGGGUGCUAAUUUAUAUGUAUCGGGUCUUCCGAAAAAUCUAUCACAACCAGACUUGGAGGGGAUGUUUGCAUCGUUUGGCAAAAUAAUUACAUCUCGUAUACUCUGUGAUAAUAUUUCUGGUCUAUCGAAGGGUGUUGGUUUUAUACGUUUCGAUCAACGCAACGAAGCUGAGCGCGCCAUCCAGGAGUUGAAUGGCAAAACUCCGAAGGGCUAUGCCGAACCGAUAACCGUUAAAUUUGCCAACAAUCCAAGCAAUAGCGCCAAGGCCCAGAUCGCCCCACCAUUAACCGCAUACUUGACGCCUCAGGCAGCGGCGGCCACACGCCGUUUGGCCGGUGCUCUGCCAUCGGCCGGUCGCAUAAGCAUUGGAAAAAGUCCAUUGUUAGCGAUUAACAAGGGUUUGCGAAGAUACUCACCGCUGGCUGGUGAUCUAUUGGCCAAUACGAUAUUGCCGGGCAAUGCAAUGACUGGAUCGGGCUGGUGUAUAUUCGUCUAUAAUCUGGCACCGGAGACCGAAGAGAAUGUUCUUUGGCAACUAUUUGGGCCAUUUGGGGCGGUGCAAUCGGUGAAGGUGAUUCGUGAUCUGCAGACAAGCAAAUGCAAGGGAUUCGGCUUCGUGACCAUGACCAACUACGAUGAGGCUGUGGUAGCCAUACAAUCACUUAACGGCUAUACUCUCGGCAAUCGGGUGCUGCAGGUUAGCUUUAAGACUAACAAAACUAAGACAACUUAAGCUUCGAUUUAGAUUUUUCGUUUUUUUUUUUUCUGUUUCCGCGAUCGAAACGCUCUUAAGUAGGUUUUUGUGAUUUUCGUUUCUGAAAUAACCGAAAACUCUCUUUACACUGCAUAAAAAAAAAUAAAAACACAAAGAAAAGAGAAAAACGAAAACGAAUAAAUAAUUAAAUAUAGUCAAGAUAAUGGUAAUGAAUAUGAUAUUGAAAUGAAAGAGAGAGGAAAAUAAACUAUGAAGCACAUUUGUACAUUUGGCAUUUGACAGCGAGUUUGUAGUCAAAAUUACAUAAUAACAUAAUUGAUCAAAGUGUGUGUGCAUACUAAAAAAUGAUGUUGAACAAAAAAAAAAUACUUAUUAACUAUAUUGAUUUAUGAUUGAUUAAUUGACUCGAUGAUUGAUUCGUUAAGCUCAUGAAAUCUUAGCUAAAAUUUAUAUAUUUCUUUUCCUCCAUUUGUUUAUCUCGUGGAACAGCACUACAUAAUCUUAAUUUAAAUUCUUAAUACCACUUGAAAAGAAUACUAACAACUAAAAAACAAAAAACAAAACAAACAAAGCUUAAAUGAGGCAAAAACCACAAGAAUAAUGACAACAACAACACAAAAAAAGGUUAGAACAACAGACAAAUGUCUAUAAAUUGCAUAAGAAAAGACAAGACAACAAAGUAAAAUCAUUGAAAAAGAUAAAAAAAAAAAAAAAGAAAAAAAAUUACUUAAAAAUACCAAACACUUUAAAUAAAAUAACAUAAUUUUUUUUUAAUUAAAUUUAAAUUAAAUUAAAUUGAAUAUUACAAUUACGUAACUAAAUUAUUUAAUGUUUAUUCAUUUAACUAAGCAAGUAAGAUACCAAGAGAACAACAACAACAAGAACAACAAGAACAAAAAAUACCAAAACAAAUACACUUAAUAUAAUUAAAUACUAUUUAUUCAAAAUGGGCCCGCAAUGUGAAUCCGCAAAAUGGAUCACGGAAUGGACUACGCUAUAAUUGCUAUAUAUUGUAUUUGUGUUCGUUAUGCAUAUUACUUAAUUAACGUUAAUUACGAAAUAUAUUAAUUAUAUGAAUUUGCAUUCACUUUAAAUAAUGUUUAUAAUAUGCUUAAAUUCAAUUAGAUUCUAUUCGAUUUGCAUUGAUUUGAACAAAUGAACAACAAACCCAAAGCAAAACGUAAAGCCGCGUUCAAUCAAACAAAAAAAUACCAAAAAUACGAAACGCAACAAAAGAACAAAUAAACAUACAUACAUCUUACGUACAUCAUACAUCAUACAUACUUAUAACCAUUAUUAUUAUAUAUAUGUAAACGUUUUACUUUCAUUUUUUCGUCGUCGUCUAACUUAAAACUUAAAUGAAGAAAACGUAAACCAAAAAAAUGCAAAAAAAAUACAAAUAAACAUAUAAAAAAUACCAAAGUAUAUUCAAUAUUGUAUGUGCAAACGGAAACGUAAAGAAACCAAGAAAACAAAAAAAACUUAUUAUAUUAUAUUAUAUUAUAUUAUAUAUUAUUAUGCCUACUUAUUAUUCCAUUUUUAUAAUUAUAACUUAUGAAUAAAAACCAAAAAAUGCAAAAACAUCAACAAAACCAAAAUCGAGCAAGUACUUACACAAAAUACUACAACUAAUAAAUAUAUAUACGAAUAUGAAUAUAUAUAUUUAUUACUAAAUAAAUGUGUGACUGCGAAAUGGAAAGAAAACCCAAAUCCAAAACUAAAAACACAUUUGUUUUCAUUUCUUUCUGCCACAUACAAUCAGAGCAAGAAAAUACGCUAACAAGCAAAUGAAAAGUGGCAACGUUGCACAUUUUUUUCAGAGCAAUUAAAUACGCUAAAAACCAAGUGAAAUGUGGCAACAUUGCACAUUUUUUUCAGAGCAAGUCAAUAUGCUAGGAAAUAAGUGAAAAGUCGCAACGUUGCUCAUUUUCUCUGCCACAUACAAUCAGAGCAAGUAAAUACACUACGGUGCAAGUGAAAUGUGGCAACGUUGAACAUAACAAUUUGGCAACAGCGCAAAGGUCUUGCUCUUGCAACGUUGUCUCAACAGUUGCAUUUUUCUUUUAUAUUCAUUUAUUAAACAGCUACAAAUGGGUAACUGAAAAGUGGCAACAGUGCCUGCAAAACAAACACACACAUACACGCAACAAGGCCACGAAGCCGGAAUGAAGUUCGAAAUUUGCUUGAACUAUAAAUAGAUUAAAAACAAACCACAAAAUUAAGAUAAAACAAUAUACAAGAAAGCAAAAGAUGAACAGCAACAAGAACAACAACAGCACUCGCAUUUUUAAAUGAAAAUAUAUACUUUAAUUGAACUCGCAAAUGUUCAAGCUUAGUUUCAAUAUGAUCUACAAACGUAAUGGGAUAAGUUUUAAACUGGUUUUGUCGUCAGUAAAAUGCAUUACUAACUAACAAGAUAGGUAUCAACAACAACAACAACAGCAACAACACGAAAAAUAUACCAAAUAAAAAUAUACUAUAUACUAUAUAUAGAGACGUACUUAUAAGAUGUGAGCCUAUUAGAUAUGAUUCCCCAUUUCGCUCCCAUGUUCGUUCUUUUGGCGCCCCAUUUCCUCCCUUCCCCCCAAAUAUUCCGUAGAGCUAAACAGCAAUCAAUGUGUGUGUCAGUAGAUUUAGCAAAACAAAAAAAAAAAAAAACGAAAAAAAAUACUUACUAAAUAAUAACUAAAUAAAAAUUUUUAAAAACGAGACUCUUUUUUUCUCCAAAAUAUAUAUAUAUAAAAAAAAAAGUAGUGCAUUAAAUACGGCCACAUCUACAUGGCAAUUGAGGGCACUAAGCGGAUGUGGAAGAGGAAGCAAAAGAAGAUGAUCAUCAUCUUCGGAGGUAGUCAGAGAACGCGAAGAUUAAACAAAUAUGUACUUAAGAUAGUUACAUCUCAAGCAAGCAAAGCAAAUCGCGUCGGAUUCACAUCUGCGCAAAUUGAAAACACCAAAUUUUAAAAAUAUAUAUAUAUGAGAUAUAUAUAUGUAAAAAUAUUUAUAUAUAUACAUAUGAAGGAUGUAAAAUUUUUUAAACAAAGAUUUAUAGUAAAAUUUAUGAAUAUAUUGAAUAAUAAGUAUAUAUACAUAUAUCUAUAUAUAUAUAUAUAUAUAUACAACACAUGUCAAAUGGGAAAAAAGAAUAAGCAAAUGCAUGAAGCUGCGUUUAAAACAUGAAAAAAACACACAAAAAUGUGAAAUACAUUUAAAAAAUACCAAAAAAGAUUGGAAAACUAAAAAUGAAAAAAUAAUCUCGGAAAUUGACAAAACAACAAAAUGUGAAAAGAAAAUAAAUUACAAAACUGAAAAAAAAACAAAACGUUCGCCAAAUGUGCCCGUGAGAGAGAAAGAGAGAGAGAUCGUAAAAUCGGAAUGGGCAAAAAAAUGAAAAGAAAAGAAACAAACUCAAAAACUCGAUACUCGAUAGUUGAAAAUGAUCGAUAACAAAAACCUACUCACUUAUAUGUAUGUAUAUAUGUGUGUGUACUCGUACAAACAAAUGAAUUAACAAACAAAGCAAAAACUGAAAACAGAACCGACGAAUUGAAAUGGAAAUUGAUAUUGAUAUUGAUAUGUGUAUGAAUCGUUUUCUCAUGAGUAUCGAAUCGUUCAUUCGUUCUUAUUAGCUCAUUAUGUAAUUCGAUAGUUCGAUAGUUCAUUUUGCCAGUGGACUCUAUAUUAACAUACCAUACAUACAUACUCUAUAACGAAUAAAAUAAUAAAACAAA